AUGGCGCCCUCACCACUUCACUCCCUCCCCUCACCAACCACAUCCUUCAAGCCCAUCCUAGCAGCGUUCACACAGCCGCCAACAGCAACCCCAACAACCCUCAUCACGACAGUCGCAAACCUCAUCCCCCGAACCGUGACGACCGUCUCCGUCUACAUCACCCAGGUCCCCUCGGCCACCGCAGCACCAGACGCACCAAAGCUCAAGGACCCAGUCUACGGAAACCUCACCUGGACCUUCAUCGUCGUCCCCUGCGUUCCCGUCAUCGUCCUCAUCUUCUUCGUCUUCACCUGCUACCAGGAGCGCCGCCGCGCCAUCAACAACAUGAAGAAGAACCCCGAUAUCGAGAUGCAAACCUUUCACAGGUUCUGGUUCCCCUGGCGCGAGCUCGAUAAGAACGAGGUCCCCAACGAGCUCCAGAAACCAGCGGCAGCACGUCCCCAGGCAUCCUCAUCCUCGGAGAACACCCCCGUCGCAAGAAGCGUCGAUGGGCAGCGUGGCACCCAAGUGACGGAACCCAGAUCCCCCCCCAUAACCCUCUACGAGAACCCCCCUUCCUGGGGCCGACGACACCUCUGGUCCGAGGUCAUGGCGUAUCCAUCCCUCCUGAACCCAGGCCUCACCCGUCGUCGCAGCAAAACCCCCACCAACACCAAGCCCGACCCCGCCGACGAUACCUCCUCCUCUUCCUCCUACUCCUCCCCUCCGAGCCCGAACGCCUCUCCCCCGAGACCUACCCCCCCUCGAACCGCUCCCCCGAGAACCUCACCCCCUCGAACUCCCGGCGGUCUACCUGCAAUCACCGAAACGGAAUCCGACGAUGGCGACAUCGCCACUGCUCUGAGACGCCCCCGAUUCGCAGAGCCCACGACUCGAAUCAUCGAACCCGAACGCGAACACGGUCCAGGACGAGAUACUAACCCACACCCUUCCCAGAUCUACGGAAGAACAGGCCGCCGUCGCCACUGGGGCCAAGAAGACGACCAUCCCCGCGAGGGCCAGAGCUCCAGCUCUAGCGAGAACCAGACAGACACGUCAGACGAAGGAGACACCAACAACGGCUCUGACAACGAUGAAAACCACUCGGACGCAGACUCCGUAACCACACAGAAGCCCCUCCGUCCCCCAACCGACAUCCCCUCCUCCGGCCGCUUCAAGGACCUCUCUUCCUCUACUGGCACCGGUACUCCAAAGAGCACCACCACCGCAGGCAGCAGCGGCACAGGCACUUGGGCAGCAGGCCACAUCCCCUCCUACUACGGCGCCUCUCCGACCCCAGCGCACAAUUACGCCCAUCAGCAGCAGCCAUCUUCAAGCGCAUCCGCCUCAGCACCACCAACAGCAGCAGCAGCAGCCGCCGCCGGCGCCGCAGCCCUAUCCCGCCGAGCCCAUACCGCAGCAUCUCGAGCCUCCGCCACGAACUCAGACGGCGUCUCCCCGCUCUCCAGCGCGCGAUCCUCUACCGUCACCGUCACCGGCGACGCCCGCCGCCGAACAACAAACACCGUCUCCAGCAUCGGAUCCGAGCCGGGCUCCCCGACGGAGGGAGAAUCCCGCUCCCCGACCCGCUUCGGCACCAACAGCGAGGCCUCUUCUUCUUCUUCCGGUGCUGCUGCUGCUGUAGACCUUAACGCUGUUACCGACGAGCCCACAACCAAGACCAAGUCAAAGGCGAAGGGCAAAGGCAAGGCGAAAGCCCAACCCAGAUCGCCCGGAGCCAAGACCGACAACAUCACCGCCAAGGCCAAACCCAAAUGCACCUGCAAAGGAAAAGGUAAAGGCAAAGCUGUAGCCUCAUCCAGUGGCGGUGCAUCUCCCGUCGUCAACGUCGUCGCUGAAUCAUCCACCUCCGCGUCCGCGUCUUCGUCAUACUGCCCUCGGCACUCUCACCAAAGCCACGACCCCGCCGUCGUCGAGGCAUCCCAGUCCACCUCCGCGGCACCGGACACCCGAGACCCGGCGCACAAGAACAAGAACAAGGCCCAUCGCAGAUCGGUUACAGAGUGGCCCCGCGUCUGCUCCGGCUGCGGCCAGGUGGGAUAG